CUUUUCAUCACCGAGCAGGUAGUGUAAGAUAAACAUAUGCAUUUAUUUUGUGGCUCCAAACUACAAUUAUGCCAGGAAGUUGAUUCUGCAGCUGCUUGUGAAUGCAGACUGAAGGCCUGCAGUGUGCCAGUGAGCGUCAGCCACGACACGGGGGCAUUCCAUAUCCAGGAAAGUGACUGGCUUUCUUGAGGAAGAAACGAAGAAGAAACCUCUGUUUCUUGCACAGUUGGAAGGAAAAGCAAUACAGUCUUGACAUCCGGUUAUCUUUUAAGAAGCGUUUGUCACAAUACUUCUUGACUGUGUGGAUCUUGUAACUGGCACAAACGUGCCUUUGGACUUGUGAAAGUAAAUCAUUGGAAGAACUGAUUGAACAAGGCGACUGUUGAAGAAUCAUGUCAAAGCACUUGGAGAUCAUAAAUUUGUCAUUUUUGUUGGACCAUGAAAGGGAAACAAUAUUGGGAGUACUGAAGAGAGAUGAGUAUCUGAAAAAAGUUGAAGAUAAAAGAAUAAGGAAAUUGAAAAAUGAGCUUCUGGAAGUGAGAAGGAAAGGUGGAAACCGUCAUUGUCAACAGGACAACAGCAGGGUCUGUGUUCGCUGUCAGAAAAGCCUGGGCUUGAUCUUUGACAGAGGGGACUUGUGCCAAACCUGCAAACUCCGAGUUUGCAACACGUGUCGUGACGUGGGAGCUGAUGGGCAGUGGAAGUGCUCAGUGUGCGCCAAGAUUGCACAGCUACGGAUAGUGACAGGAGAAUGGUUUUUUGAAGAGAGAGCAAAGCGCUUCAAACAAUCAAAUCUUGGAACCGAUGUUGUCAGACAGUCUAUCCUACACAAAUACCCAGAUCCGGUUUCCAGUAAGGAUGAAGGAAGAAAAGUUAAAGAUCAGCCCCAAGAGAAUGAAGAAAAAAAGCCAGAUGUAUCGGUCUCCUCCACAACUGGGCAUAAAUCAGUCUUCAGCAAACCUAAAAAGAUAGGGAAGGUACUUAGGGGGGUUACCAAGGGAGAAAUUACAAAUGCAAAAGUUGAAAGUGAAGGGAACACAGUCACAGAAGCUGAAACCCAAAGUCUGCGCAGUGGCAAGUCAACGCCAUGUUCUGAGAGGGGCAGCACCCUUUCGCUGACCAGCAGCAAUGUAGGGGCUGUGGGUCCUGUGAGCAGAGGCAAUGUUUCCAUACCUUCCCUUCCGAGGUCUCCAGCACUCAGCAUGCGCAGCAUGACCACAGAUUAUAGCAGGGACACUGGCUUAGAAAAUGGCAUGGUUAUUCCAGCAAGUGAAAGUGUACCUGAAGAUUUAGUAAAGAAACACUGUAGGAAGGCAUCUGGAACACCUUCCAUUGCAGUUUCUAGAGUAUCUUUGUCAUCAGAUCGUAGCCGAUCUGAGAUAGAUCUGAGUGAAUCUUUCUCUGAAGAACAUGAGGACACACUGAGCAUAAGAAGCAAAUCUGUACCUAGUGCCUUAGAUCAGGAACUGAACUCUUCAGAAGGCUCCGACAGAAAAUGGACAUAUUUAAAUGUUCCUGAAACAGAUGGUGAUACUACUAGCAUUAACAGCAUGUUGAGUGUGUAUAGUGAAACUGGUGACUAUGGCAACGUGAAGGUCAGUGGUGAAAUCCUUCUCAACAUCAACUACAGCUACAAAACAGGUGCCCUCAACAUCCUAGUGAAAAGUUGCCGAAACCUGGCCAUUGCAGAUGAGAAGAAACAAAGGACCGAUCCAUAUGUCAAAGCAUACCUUCUGCCUGAUAAAUCCCGCCAAAGUAAACGCAAGACCAAAAUUAAAAGUAACAGCACCAAUCCAGAAUUUAAUGAAACGCUGAAGUAUGUCAUCAGUCACACACAGCUAGAAACCAGGACCCUGCAGCUUUCUGUUUGGCACUAUGACAGAUUUGGACGCAACAGCUUCCUUGGGGAGGUGGAAAUUCCGUUUGAUUCCUGGAACUUUGAAAAUCAGGGUGAUGAGUGGUUUGUGCUCCAGCCCAAGGUGGAGGUUGUGGCAGACGUUGGGCUUCAGUAUAAAGGAGAAUUGACAGUUGUUUUACGUUACAUUCCCCCAGACAGAAACCUAAUGCUUCCCCUCGGGCAGUUCCAAGGAAAGAAGAGCUUCAAAAAAGGAAAAAAGGGAAGCUCUCACAUGCCAUCUGGAGGUAUACUAGAAGUCCUCAUCAAAGAAGCAAAGAAUUUAACAGCAGUGAAAUCAGGAGGCACAUCUGACACUUUUGUGAAAGGAUACCUGCUCCCAGAUGACAGCAAAGCUACAAAACACAAAACGCCUAUAAUAAAAAAGAGUGUGAACCCCCAGUGGAAUCAUACCUUUGCUUUCAGUGGCUUGAGUUCAAGGGAUAUACAUAACGUCUGCUUAGAGCUGACUGUGUGGGACAAGGAGUCACUCUCCAGUAAUAUUUUUUUGGGAGGUGUUCGUCUGAGCACUGGAAAUGGUGUCAGUAAUGGCAAGGAGGUUGACUGGAUGGACUCUCAAGGGGAAGAACAGCAUCUCUGGCAGAAGAUGAUUGACAGUCCAGGAGCUCCUGUGGAGGGAAUACUAAUGCUGAGAUCCAGCAUGGGAAAACGCAGACUCUGAAAGACUUUUCUGAGGGGUACCAUAGGUACUCCUGACUUCACUGGUGUUCAAGCUCUUGUCACUUUACCCAUAUGGGGAAGAGUUGUGCUCUUUGCCUUGGAUAGUAAGACUCUGAGUGAGAUUUUAAAGCAUUCUGCACUUUCACACACACAGUUUUAAACCAGGCUUCUUGUACGGGUUAUAUUUCUCCUGAAGCCACUGAGAAUUUGACCUUGUACAGAGAUCGGAUUGGCUUUCUCUGUCCCUUCUGGUGACUAAUGGACACCUCUGCCUGUGGGGUGCAUGGAGAGAGCAAAUUCUCUAGUGAGUAAUUUAUUAAGUAAUGUCUGGUUUACAUAUCUCCUUCUGGGUCCAAGAUGGCCUAGAAGACAGGAAUGAUACAGUACAAGCAGAUUCAGAAGGAGUCUGUGUUUUGGUAGUUGAAAGAAAAGAAGCCAUAACGUUCUGAAGGAUAACAAUGCUUCUUCUUCAUGUUUGCUUGUUGGGCUGUGCAGUGGGCAGGAUGGCAGGCUUGGGACCAAGUAGCUCGCCAAAGGAAGGCCAAUGCCCUGUGUCUCCCACUAGAAACUGGCAGCAGGUGAGCUGAUGUAUGGUGCCAGUGUUCUGGCAUUCUCUGGGUUAUUUUAAUGCACUGUAUAAAUGGCAGACUUGGUUGGAAAUAAUCAAAGAGCCUCUAAUGAAAAUAAAUUGCAACAAAUCCCUAGUUUCCAGAACUACGUAGUGUUCCUGUGUUUUUCAUUCAGUCAACAGCUCUAGCCAGUAUCUUCCAGUUGAGCACAGGGAAUGUGUUCACAUGCCUGAUCCCAUCCGACCAGUCGCUGAGAUGAGACGUGUGCUGAGUUUGGGCAUCAUUAGCUAAGACACAGAUCCAAUAGUGAAGUGAUGUGAUUUAAACACAUGCCAAAAUGAUUUGUACAACUGUGGAAUUUUCUCUGAAUGGGCAGGGAUCCCAUUCUGACGUGCCAUGCAUGUUAAUUAGUCACCAGAGUAGGACUUUAUUUUCUCCUAAA